AUGGAGGCCAUCAUGGCACCUCGCGUACUCGUAUCCGACGCCCUGUCGGAAACCGCCGUCCAGAUUUUCCGCGAUCGCGGCGUCGAUGUCGAUUUCAUGCCGAAGCUCGGCAAGGACAAGGAAAAGCUGCUCGAAAUCAUCGGCCAAUAUGACGGCCUGGCGAUCCGCUCGGCCACCAAGGCGACGGAAAAGGUGAUCGCUGCCGCAACCAAUCUCAAGGUGAUCGGCCGCGCCGGCAUCGGCGUUGACAAUGUCGACAUUCCGGCUGCUUCACGCCGCGGCAUCAUCGUCAUGAACACGCCGUUCGGCAACUCGAUCACCACCGCCGAACUGACAAUGUCGACAUUCCGGCUGCUUCACGCCGCGGCAUCAUCGUCAUGA